AUGACGACGGACGAUGACGACGACACGGACGAGACGGACGACGGACGACGACGACGGACGACGACGACGGACGACGACGGACGGACGGAACGGGACGACGGACGAGGACGGACGGACGACGACGGACGGACGACGGACGACGGACGAGACGGACGACGGACGACGAUGGACGGACGGACGACGGACGACGACGACGGACGGACGGACGACGGACGACGGACGACGGAUGGACGACGACGACGACGGACGACGCGGACGGGACGGACGACGACGACGGACGACGGACGGACGGACGACGGACGGACGGACGACGGACGACGGACGAGGACGACGACGGACGGACGGACGACGACGACGACGACGGACGGACGACACGACAGACGGACACGACGGACGGACGGACGGACGGACGACGGAUGGACGGACACAGACGGGACGAGUGACGGACGACGGACGGAGACGGAGGACGGACGGACGACGGACACGACGGACGGUGACGUGGACGGACGGACGACGGACGACGGACGGAGGACGAGUGGUGGACGGACGACGGACGACGGACGGACGAGGACGGACGGACGGACACGACGGACGACGGUGGACGGGAUGGAAAGACGUCAGGACGUGACGGACGGACGGAUCGACGGUGGACGGACGGACGGAGUGUCAACGGACCGAGACGGACGGACGACGGACGAACAGGAGGACGGACGGACGGGGAUGGUGGAUGGACGAAAUAUGGAUGGUGGUGUCGGAGUGACAGGGAGGGUGUCAGUGACAGGAUGGGAAGUGUCAAGUGACGGGAUGGAAAUGUCAAGAGUCACGGGAGAAUUGUCGGUGAGUAUGGAGGGAUGA